AUGGCCAACCAUGAAGAUUCAUCUCAAGACAAGAACGUUCAGGAGAAGGGUCAAGAUGGUGGCGAAAAUGAAUCACCUGGACGAGAGAGGAGGGAUAUCACUCCUACCCCUCAAGUUCCUGGUGAAGGCGACGCUGCAAAGGAGAUGCCUGGUGAAGGAUCUGCUGAAGCCAAGAGGGGGGGAAAUGAUGGUGCCAGUGCUUCUAGUAGUGGGGCCGAUAAGAAGCGGAAGAAAGGAGAGUUGCUUGAGAUUCCAAACGGAUCUCCAGUUUGUUAUCUGUGUGGGAGGGAAUUUCAAUCUUGGAAGGGUGUGUUUGGACAUAUGCGAGCACAUAAGAUUGGAGAAGAGCGAGUCCGGGGCGCGUUUCCUCCGCCAGUCUUUACCCCUCCUGCUUCUCCUCAGAGGGAGGAAACAGACAGUCUUCAGAAGCAACUGGCUCCGGUUCUCCUCAACAUUGCUCAAGAGAUUUUACAAAGAUCUCAUGGCGCUGGCCCAAGAGGUCUUAAUAUUGAUCUGAACGAGCAGCCACCUGCACAAAGUGAAAGUUCCUCUGCUUCUUCACCAUCUUCUCCAGAUAAAGGUGGUGAUACAAAGCUAGACUUGAACAAGCCACCAUCUCCGGAAGGUGGCAAUGGUGAUGACGGUGCUAGUUCUGUUUCAUGA